GCUACCGUGGUUAAAAGCAGAAAGAGACAUUUUCAGGAGGGAAUAAAAUACCACAACAAGAGAGAAGGAAGACCAGGGCAGGAGAGAGAAAAAAGAGAGUGGUACGCUGCCAGAAGGAGAGAGAGAGUAGAGAGAGUGAGUGGGAACAAGAGAGCGAGCAAGAGAGAGCAAGAGACAGAGUAGCGAGGAAAGAGAGCGAAGGAUCUUCCUGCUAAAUGCGCAAAGCAUCCCGUUACCACACGCUGAGCUCCAUGGCCAACUCAGGCUGUCUGCUUCUCUCUGGCUCCGGGAUGCUACCUCACUCCCUCCACUGUCCCCCUGCCUUCCUCUACCUACACCAGGGUAACCAAGAGGCCACCAACCCCCCAGAAGCCAUGGCCCAGCCGUACACGCCUGCCCAGUACCCGCCUCCCCCACAGAAUGGCAUCCCGGCCGAGUUUGCGGCACCCCACCCCCUCCCCACGCAGGACUACACCGGGCAGAACAGGGUGCCCGAGCAUGCCAUGACCCUCUACACCCCCACACAGACGCACAGUGAGCCGCCGGGCACCGACAACAACACUCCCGCCAUCACCGCCAACACGACUGUACCGACAGAUGACGUGACGCAAUCAGAGGUCUCCCUGCAGCUCCAGCUGCAGCUCUCGGACUCCUCGGAGAAGCAGCAGCCCAAGAGGUUACAUGUCUCCAACAUCCCCUUCCGCUUCCGUGACCCCGACCUGCGGCAAAUGUUUGGGCAAUUUGGAAAGAUUCUAGAUGUGGAGAUUAUCUUUAAUGAGCGAGGAUCCAAGGGCUUUGGGUUUGUAACUUUUGAAACAAGCACAGAUGCCGACCGUGCGCGGGAGAAACUAAACGGUACAAUCGUAGAGGGACGCAAAAUAGAGGUGAAUAAUGCAACAGCAAGAGUGAUGACAAACAAAAAAGUUGCCAACCCGUACACAAAUGGCUGGAAGCUGAACCCUGUGGUGGGUGCUGUCUAUGGUCCUGAACUGUAUGCUGUAACAGGUUUCCCUUACCCAGCCACAGGGGCUACGGUGGCCUAUAGGGGUGCCCACUUGCGAGGCCGGGGGCGGGCUGUGUACAACACCUUCCGCACAGCACCUCCACCACCACCUAUUCCAGCCUAUGGAGCAGUGGUGUACCAGGAUGGCUUCUACGGAGCAGAAAUCUAUGGGGGCUACGCUGCCUACCGAUACGCCCAGCCCACCACCACUGCUGCCUACAGUGACAGCUAUGGCAGAGUCUAUGCAACAGCAGACCCCUACCACCACACAAUCGGCCCUGCCGCCACAUACAGUGUGGGGACCAUGGUAAGUCUGCUCUCGCUUUCCUCUGCACCCUGUUGUUGGCUAGCCACACUAACACAGAGCAGAGGCCGCCAGCCGCAGUACUCUGUCGCUCCAGGAGCACUCGGAGAUAAAGACCAUUGA